AUGCCACCGAAUGAUGAUAGUACUCGUACAUUGGUGCCGCAAUCACCAGCACACGCUAAGAAAUUAAGAGGAAGAUUUAACUUCCCUCCAGAUGUAACCAAAAAAUACUUAGAGACAAUGUAUCGUAAAACCCUUAUGUACAAAGAUGAACGUGAAAAGAGACAACAAAAACUUGAAGAAGAAUUGGAAAAAAGUACUCUUGCAGAAAAAGACAAAUCACAGUUCCGAAAAGCAUUAUUGCAACAUGAAACCAACCUACUGCGAGGCAAACGAUCUAAAGUUACCAUGGAUAAUUUUAUAGUAAUUUCUGGUCUUGGUUGCGGUGCUUAUGGCCAAGUCUAUUUAGUUCAGCAUAAAAGCAAUAAAAAACACUUUGCUAUGAAAGCGAUCAAGAAAGACAACGUUAUCAACGAAAAGGAAUUACAACGAAUUCGUAUCGAGCGUGAUAUUAUGAUUGCUGCUGAAGAUUGUCAACCGUGGAUUGUGAAAAUGGAAUGUUGCUUCCAAGAUUCCAAAAAUUUAUUCUUCAUUAUGGAGUAUAUGGUAGGUGGAGAUUUACUCAAUUUACUUAUUAAGGAAGGAGUGUUCAAAGAAGAGACGGCCAUAUUUUAUAUUGCCGAAUUAGUAAAUGCUGUGGAAUGGAUUCAUAGCUGUGGUUUUGUACAUCGUGAUAUUAAACCUGACAACGUACUGAUCGACGGUCGUGGUCAUAUCAAAGUCGCUGAUUUUGGAUUGGCAUCAAGUUACAAAUAUCUUGGUAACGACGAUAGCCCGCAGGGUCGCAAUUUUAAUGCCCAAAAUCAAGGCAAAAAAUCCUAUCACCGCUAUCAUAGUGUUGUAGGUACGCCAAAUUACAUUGCUCCCGAAGUUUUACAAGCACAAGAAAUCUCCCGUGCUUGUGACAUUUGGAGUAUCGGUGUAAUAUUAUACGAAAUGGUUUAUGGUAAACCGCCAUUUUAUAGCAAAAAUGUAGAAGAAGUGCCAGCAAAUAUAAGAAAUUGGCGUCAAACUUUGGAAUUUCCGCCGAAGAAAGCCUCAGACCAAUGCAAAGAACUAAUUCAGAAGCUAAUUUGCGACAAAGAAUAUCGAUUAACAAUACCUGAAAUUAAAGAACAUGGCUUAUUUAAAAAAAUAGACUUUGACACUAUACGAGAAUUAGAAGCUCCAAUAAAACCUACAUUUGAUACAGAAGGCGAUACUCGUAAUUUUGAUGCGCAAGCAAUACAAGAAGUGAGUAAUUUUGAUUUUUCUAGCGAAAACAAAAGUGAAUACAUCACUAGAAAAUAUAUGAAUUUCACGUAUGUUAGUAAUCGUGGCCAUUUCUCUUGA